AUGUCGCUGGCCGCCGCCCUCAGACACGACAAUAAUAAUCGCGUCUUGACCCGCCCGCUCGACGACUGGGUCCAACAGCCCGACGUUUCCGCGCGACUAGUCCUUUUCUCCGAGGAGUACCUGCAAGGGCUUCCUCAGACGGAUACAGAGCAUCUACUGCGUGCGACCGGGAGCACAAUCAAGAGCGGGUCGUUAUCGUCGAUGGCUCCUGGGGCUCUCCUCCACCAGCACAACCCAACCCACAACCCUCCUUCCCUCCGCUCUUGCAUCACCGAUAUCACCGACGCCACGCCCACCGAAACAAGCAUAAGCACCGGCCUCGUCAGCCAACUGUCUGGCGUCCCGCUCCUCGAAGACAACAACGGCGUGUUGGAGAUACCGCCCGCACACUUCCGCACCCCCGUCUACGAAUGCGCCUUCUGGUUUCUGAACUGCAACUACGUCUCGCAGAACAAAGAAGAGUGGGAAACACACUGCCACGCACACUUCCGCGGCGAGGAACCACCGCUGACGGCCCAAUGCCCGCUGUGCGACUGGGAAGUGACGUGUGAUCAGGGGAGGCAGGCAUGGAAAAUGCGUAUGGAGCAUUUGGCGUACGGACACACGAUGCGCGGGCAGACGUUGCGGACUUCGCGACCGGAUUUCCGGCUGUUUGAAUACCUGUGGCAGAGAAGGUUGAUCGAUAGUGAGGAUCUGAAGGAGUUGAAGGGUGGGAAUCAUAACUUGACACAUCCGCCGGGGAAUUUCGUUGAGAUGAAUGGAAGUAGGCGCGAGAGGGAUGGCAGGAGGCAUCGCGCGCAGCAUGCGAGGGUGCCGAGACCGCCUGAACCGCGCCGGUACUGA